AUGUUCAUUAAUGGUGGCCGCAUCCAAACCACUGGUGGCAACGGCGACCGCUACUGCGAGGGUCUAUCAAGCACCACUUUGGAUGCGGAUCUAGAGCUCCAAUUCCAAGCCCUCAAAUCAAUCCAAUCCUUAGUAGGACUUGCACAUAAAGAUCAAGAAUCCAAACUUGCUCUUGGCAAUGAUGUCUUUACCAUAUUCGAUUCUCUCAAGGUCAAAUCAAAUCCAUCAUUGAAGCAAGCCCUGCAAUCUUCUCCGCCUUCUCCUUCCUCUCUUCUCCAAUUGAGCCAACCACCUUCUCAUCUUCUUCGACUUCUACUUCCUCUACUCUUUGAACCCAUAGUGUGGGAGACAAUAGAUGAUGCCAUGGGAGACCACGAAAGAGUUCGUCUUCUCUUUCCUCUUCCCCGUUCCUCAUAUUCUUUGCCUUCUCCUUCCUUAGAUCUGGGACUCAUUCUCGAUCUGUUUAAAGGGAUUCUGAAGUGGAAGACUGCAAACGGGGUUUGCUCGUCUUUGACUAGAUCUAUGGGUGGGGAUUCUUGGUCUUAUACGGUGAAGAAAUUCGAAGCCUUGAAUCGAGAUCUCUCACUUUUGCAACCCUCUGAAUUUCUAACCCAUGUUUCUCCCUCUUUGACUCGCCUUGCCAACAACAACUCAAGACUGAGAAGGAAAGAUAAAGGUGUCUUAAGCUUGAGUGGUGUGAUAGAGAUAGAGGAAAUGAUGAGUCGAAUCAAAUGUAGAUCAAAGGAGGUAACUAAGGUUUGACUGUACUAGAUUAUUUGCUUCUGGGGAGGAAGAUGAAAAGGAAUUGUUCUGGUUUGAUUCAACUUUUGACGUGGACUUCUACAAGGCUGUCCAACACGGAACUUAACAAUUAAAUUUAAUUUAAUAGGUUAACAGUCAACUAAUGACCAAGGUGACAUUAUAGCAUAUUGAAAAAUGUUGGGGCGAGGUUGCACCAAAAAACU